GAGAGUUCGUUGCUUGACUGAUUCGUAGGAAGAUUAAUAACAAAAAGAUACGUAAUUCCAAACUGUGAAGUAGAAGUAAGUUAAACAGACACACAACAAAAAUGUAAGAAGAGAUAAGACAACACAGAGGCGUGGAGAAUAUCAACGAGAAAUACAAGCAUGAAUUUUGUGGUGACUUCUGAGGUUGUCUGGGACCGGAGGUAGAGUUACCGCCCCUGCCAUGUCGGUGUCGGUUGCUGAGGAUAUCUCCAGAGGUAUUGUCACCUCCUCCAACACGGGACAGAUCCCGAAGGACGGAGCCGAGGAAAAACUCCGCGAUUUACGACGUCCCCGGAAGUUGCGAUUCUACGUCAACGGCGACAGGUACUUCCGGGGUAAGAAAAUCUACAUCACCCCCAACCGCUACCACAGCUUCAACGAUCUACUCAAUGACCUCACCGGGAAGCUGCCGUCCAAUUUCAACCUCCCCUACGGCGUCCGGCAGAUAUUUACACCGGCUUCCGGUCGUCGGAUCCACGAUAUCGGGGACCUGUCGGACGGGGAGACGUACGUCUGUGCCGGGUUCGAGGGUUUUAAGAUGAUCAAGUACGGUCGGGCUGACCUGGAACCCUGGUCUAUGGGAGCAGGAGGAGAAGCUGCCCGACCCCAGGGGAACCAGAGCUCCGAGCUGGAAGCUGAGAACCCCGGCAGCUACCGGUACCGCGGCUACGUCACCAACGCCUUCCACCCCGGGCGCUACUUCCGCACGAACCACUCCUACCAACAGCGCCGGUGGCAAGCCUUCAACAGCACCCAUCGCCCUGCCCCGACCAACCGCUCGGAAAAUUUGGCCAACAAACCCAAACUCAUCACCAUCGUCCGUCACGGGCCCAAACCUCGAAACAAUAUUAAAAUUUUGCUGAAUAAACGAUCGGUACAGUCUUACGAACAGCUAAUCUCAGAUAUUUCCGAGGCGUUUAGUCAAAAGUCGAAAAACAAUAAAGUUCAAAGGUUAUUCGGAAUCAGUGGGAAAGAAGUUCAAGGCGUUUCGGAUUUCUUUCGAAAUGAUAACUUUUUCAUCGCUUUGGGACCCGGGGAUCCAGAUUUAUUAGAUUCCGUAGUGUCUGAUAUUCUGAAAGAAUUGUUCCCAGAAGGAAACGAUGCGAAAUUGUUACUGAAGGAAUGGGAAAGAUCGCAGAAACGGAAAAGAAAGGUCAGCCCGUCGGGGGCGGCUUUGAAACAGAACCAGGCAGUUGGUGCCAGGAAUGAGAUCCCCGCCACGGAUCCGUUGGUCACGCAGGUGCCGGAUAAGAAAGACAGUGGGUUCGAUUCCAGCGAUAUCAGUACUCACCGUUCGGAACCAGGCGAGGCGGUGAUGGCUGGGCAAAGUGAGGCGACGGUACCUGGACACAAGAGACUGCAUCGGCCGAAGAGAAAAAUCGGAAAAGAAAACGAAACGGAGAAAGAUUUUGAUGCGAAUUUCGAGCACGGUGAAUCGACAAUGCCUUCGCAUGGGUAUUAUAUGCUUAAGAGGAUGGAGAAAGAGAGAAUGAGGCUGGUGAAUGAGGAGAGGGAGAGGUUUAGGAAAAGACGUUUAAAAAUGGUGGAAUCGGAGAGACGGGCUAGAGAGGAGGAAAGGAGGAAGAGGGGACUUAUCCCGCAGAAAGUGAGCGAAGGUCCGUUUAAAAAAGCGGAAGUUGUUGUUAAAGAUGAUCAGGAAGUGGUUGAUAAGAAAGCUGAAGAUGAAAUGUUGAAGGAGAAGGCGGAGUUGGAGAGGAAAGAGCAAAGAGAAGCAGCGGAGAGAGCGGCGAGAGAAAGGAUGGCUCAAGCUGAGAAGGCGGAGAAAGAGAAUCAGGAGAAGUUGAAACUUGAAAAAGAAAAAUUCGAAGCGGCGCGAUUAGAGAGUGAAAGAAGAGAGAAAGUAAAGGCGGAAAAGGAGAAGAAAAAGCAAGAAAAGUUACAAAGUGUCGAGCGGAAAGUUGAAGAAGAACCUAACACAAAAGAUCAAGAAAGUAAUGUUGAAGAGACACAAAAUGUGCCGAAAAGUAACGAGGUCGUGAACGGCACUGUGGAAGUUCUAAACACAAACUCAGACACUGUAGAAAACCAGCCUGACCCAGUUAAUGUACCAGCAGAGGAACCGGAAGUACCCGACAGCAACAACAAUAACAAAAACCCCAAAGAAAAACGUAAACAAGACCGCGAGGAUAAACAACAACGGAAACGAGUCAAAACUCGAAUCGUGCGGAAAACGAAAGAAGAACGCCAAGUCGGCUCCGACGAUUACAUCACGCAGCGCUACGACCUGGGACGUAAACUAGGCGACGGUAAUUUCGCCAUCGUUCGGUUAUCUCGCAAUAAAGAAACCGGGCAGGAGGUGGCGAUUAAAGUGAUUGACAAGUCGAAGCUGAAAGGCAAGGAUCAGAUGGUGGAGAACGAGAUCGACAUCAUGAAAGACUGCAGCCAGCCCAACAUAGUGCGUCUGUACGAGGAGUUUGAGACGAUAGAACGGAUAUACCUGGUCAUGGAGCUUGUCAAGGGAGGCGACUUGUUCGAUGCCAUUACUCAGAGUGUCAAAUUUGGGGAGAUGGAGUCCGCCAUGAUGGUGAGGGAUGUGUGUAACGCCCUCUUUUAUCUGCACUCCAGGAGCAUAGUUCACAGGGACCUCAAGCCAGAGAAUCUGCUGGUACACAGAAACAAAGAUGGAACAAUCACUUUAAAACUUGCAGACUUUGGGCUGGCUAUGGAGGUGAAAGAACUUAUCUACACAGUGUGUGGCACACCCACAUAUGUGGCACCUGAGAUUCUGACAGAAAUAGGCUAUAGUUUGGAGGUGGACAUGUGGGCAGUUGGUGUCAUCACCUACAUCCUACUGUGUGGGUUUCCACCCUUCCGGUCCCCAGACAGAAACCAAUCAGAACUUUUUGAAUUCAUCAAAGCUGGAGAGUACCAGUUCCUGUCUCCAUAUUGGGACAACACAUCCAGAAGUGCCAAAGAUUUAAUCAGCAGACUGUUAAUUGUGGAUAGAAGAAAGCGCUACACAUCAGUGGAUGUGCUGUGUCAUAGGUGGGUUGUCUGCAAUGGACAGACAGACAUCAUAGCCAACCGGGCAGCAACAAUUGAGGUCGCUUGCAAAGAAGUACGAAAAGAAUUGGAAGUUCAGUCGAAGGUUCAUUACGAAAAUUACCAGAAAUUAAAAGAAAAGAAGAAAAGAGACAGGGAAAAGAUAGAAGAAUAAAUAUGAGUUUUUAUGAAAUAAAUUUGUUUUGAUUUCUAUUGUGAUAAAGGAUAUUUUAAGUAAACAUAAGUUAGUAUGUAAACUUUAAUAGAUUGUUAUAAAUGUAAAAUUUGUGUGACAUUGUUGCAUAAGACUAUGUCUAUCUGAAUAAAUUAAGUAUUACUCCUCUAUUUAAAAAACAAUUCAUAUUGUGUUAUAUCCUAUAUUUUAAUAGGUUACUAACUAUGAAAGUAUAUUUCUUUUUACUAAAAUCCACAUUAUUGAACACCUUGUUUUGUAGUAGGUCUGCUAUUGAUGAUUUAACAGACUUUUUAUGGCUACUAUAACUUGGUAUUUCUAAAGUGUUUUGAUUUUCUACUGCACAUAGGUCUGCAUUAAUUCUGUGAUAUCUACAUAACUUUUGUAAAUUGUUAUCUUGCUAAAUAUUAAUGUCAAAACAGCUUUAAUGGUUAAAUAAGCUAGAUUGUGAUAUUUCAAUUAUAAAUAUUUUUUUUAAAAUAUAGCAAAAAUGCUUCAUGGAUUCUUUAUUGUUUCAUUUGGCAAAAUUUUUGUUUACACAAUAAAAAUAACUGCAUUUGUUUAAGAAAGCCUCUAGAAAUUUCAAAAUAAUAAAUCAAUAAAAAAGCUUAAUUCAGAAACUGUACAUUACAACAUUACAACAUUAUAGAUGGGUGAAAUAUACCUCUAUUGUGUUUCAACUUAGGUGAAAAAAAAUAUAAUACCAUCUAGUUGAUCUUGUUUUAGAUUACUGGUAUAAUAUUAAAAUAAUUAUUACUAUUGAACUAUUAGGUCAAUUAUCUCCCAGUUAACAUUGUUGUUUCCAUGUUUUAUAUACCAACAGAACGAAACCAUCAAUUUGGAUUUUUUGUAUUAAUUUCACUACCAAAGGUAUUUUUUUUUCAACGCUGUCAAAUUUAUUUUCCAAGACAAACAAAAAUAUCUUAAAAUUUAACAGAUUUAGCAAAUAAAGUAGCAAAAACUUGGAUACUUUUACUUAUCCUAAGCACUUUUGUCAUUGUACAAAUUGGUUAACUUUUUAAUUAACUCUUUGAAUCAUCUGUGAUAUCCUUGUAUAUAGAUUACAUGGCAGUAUUGGAUUUCUGUCUCAAACUUGUCAGUUUCCUCUUGGCCAGUGCUGACUUUGAACAAAAAUAUUUCUUCUUUUACCUGGUGUUACUCUUUAGGCCAAAAAUAUUCUUGUUACAAUUGUUUAAUAUGUUGAGAGUUAUGUGAAUUUAUGAAAUGCAAAAUUACACACACCACUUGUAUAUUUUUAAAAAUUGUUGGAGGAAUUUAUAAGAUCAAGCUAUAAAUUUUUUGUUAGCUUUGUGCACCAUUUUUAAAAAUGCAUAAAGCUAAAAUGUUUGUGUAUGUGACUAAGUCUUCCCUCAUAUUAGUGUACACCCCUCUCAACUCAACUUUCCCAUUAAACAUCCCACACACAAGUAUAUACAGCCCACACCCCAACAUAUAGAUCUACCACACACACUACUUACGCCCCAUUUCAUAUCCCAUAAAAUCCUACCUACACUCCAACAAACAUUCACUACCCCAACAUAAACAUAACACACACCAACAUGUACUGCACACACUCUAUUUAACUUAAAUAAUUAUACCCACUGCACACACCACUCGCUGUGUAGACCUAAUUAUGUGUAUGAUACAGGACCAUAUACUAGCCUCAUCCGUUUUCUUUUUCAGAGUAAACUCAUUUACAUAAUAUCCUCAUUUUUUAUCAAAAUUAGUAACUUCAUUACCAUUUUUAUGUGUGUACUUCAUAAAUUGUACAACCAAAACAAGCAGUUUUACCUUCAUCAGUGUCUUGUCACCUAUACCAACAUGUAGAAAUUAUUUAUAGCAGUAACCAUGACAACCUUGACAUCCCCAUAAUCUGCUACUGUAGGUUUUAUUAUUAAUUGUAAAUUUGGGCAAAUUUAAUUCCACUCCCCCAUCCAAUAAAUUGUGUACUUUCUGUAUUGUUUUCAAAGAGGUUUUAAAAGUUUAUAAAUGUAUAUAGUAAAGAUGUUUAUAAUUCCAUUCUUAACAUGGAUGUUAUUGAGAUACUUUUCCUUGUUUAUUAUUACAUAUUUAUUUAUUUAUUGUUGAUUAUUAACUCACACUUGUAUCAUACACAACUUUAUGACUUGGAAAAGGUGUGUUUACUAAGCAAAUGUUCACUGAUGUGUAGAAAAAAGAAAUGAUACACUUAUAAAAAUUACGCCAAAAAAAAAGUAUGUUUUUUUUUACACAGGCUACACCAGAAAAUACUGACCAAGGUGUAGCGUUCUUUAAUAGGAAAUGUAGUAUUUGCUUAAAAUUAAAAAGGGAUUAUAUGACUUAAGUCAUCUCCAGUGCUGACUUGAUUUGUGUGUGGGAUUAAAUUCUGAGUGAAUAUGUUCAGUAGGUAUCUAAGUUUGUUUUAUUCUACAGUGGUACUGCUUGCCUUUGAGCAUUUUUAAAGUUUCACAUAAUUUGAGUACUUAAAAAUAUAUGAAAUUCAGAAGUUACAUAUCUUGUAAUGUUAUAGAAAUGUAUUUUAUUUCAAUCCAAAAGUAUAGCUACUUGUUGUUGAAGAUAUGACUCCGUCCAAAUAUAUCUUUUCAUCUUAAAAUGUAUUAAUUAAAUGUUUGAACAUGUUUCUUGAAACAUAGUUUAUCAUUUCAAUAAACUAGUUGAA